UAAUAAAAUGUAAAUUGUUGGUUCUUUGUGAAUAUUAGUUGAGUGCUCUUGGCGCAUGUCGGUAUUAUGUUUUGACCGCUGAACUACGUCAUCAUUUUGAAAUACUGUCAGUACUGGACAGUGUGAAGGUGGAUUGGUAGAUGAUACACGCUAAGAGUUGGUAGUGUCUGAGCUGAUUUUGUUUACUCCAGUCGGAAGAAAAUGACGAUGUGGUAUGCAGCCCUCCUCCUUGGUCUUUUCUGCUCCUGCGGACAAGGUCAAAAUUUAGACGACCUCAUCGGGGAGGUGUUCAAAAAACCAAAUACAGAUGACAAAGUUUUACAACCAAUCACGUCCGCCCCUGACGUCAAUCUCCAACCGAACAGUGGCGGAGGAGACGUAGGGAUUCCUGGGACCGGAGACUGUACAUGCGUUGCCUAUUAUCUCUGCAACAACGGAACGAUCAAUAAGAAUGGAGAGGGGAUUAUCGAUAUAAGAAUAAACGACGGUCCAUGCGGAAACAACUAUCUCCAGAUGUGUUGCAAUGCGGGAGACAUACGACCAGAUCCGAUACCUACACCCCAGCCCCCAGUAAAACCUGCCGGAUGUGGCUAUCGUCACCCAGAGGGCGUCGGCUUCAGAAUAACGGGCGACAAAGACAACGAGGCGCAGUUCGGGGAAUUCCCCUGGAUGGUAGCCAUCCUCCGUGAAGAAUCUGUGGAAGGAAAUCCUCUCAAACUGANCCAUUCCCCACUUAAUCCUUAG